AAAAUAAAUAAAAAUAAAAAUCCAAAGCGGCUGCCACUUCCUUCAAAGUUCAAACUCCCCUGAUUUCAAUUUUUCUUUUCGGUUUAAUGCGAUGUCUCUCCGUUACGGCCCCGGCACUCAGUCGGGUCCACCGCAAACGGUGCCGCCGGAAGAUGAGCCUUACAUAAUCCCUGUCCACAACCUGCUGGCCGACCACCCUUCCCUCCGUUUUCCCGAAGUACGCGCCGCAGCCGCCGCUCUACGCGCCGUGGGAGAUCUACGGAAGCCUCCUUAUGCUCAAUGGCAACCUUCCAUGGACCUCUUGGACUGGCUUGCUCUAUUCUUCGGUUUCCAACAGGACAACGUCAGUAACCAGAGAGAACACCUUGUGCUCCACUUGGCCAACGCUCAGAUGCGGUUGACUCCUCCGCCGGACAACAUCGACACCCUCGACGCUAGCGUCCUCCGUAGAUUCCGCCGUAAGCUUCUCAAAAACUACACUAGUUGGUGCUCUUACUUAGGCAAGAAAUCCAACAUAUGGAUCUCUGAUAGCAGCCGCUCCAGCUCUGAUCACCGGCGUGAGUUACUUUAUGUGGGACUUUAUUUGCUGAUAUGGGGCGAAUCUGCGAAUCUUCGCUUCAUGCCCGAAUGCAUCUGCUACAUCUUUCACAACAUGGCCAUGGAGUUGAAGAUUCUCGAAGAUUACAUCGAUGAGAACACUGGUCAGCUUAUGCCGUCUUUAUCCGGAGACAACUCGUUUUUGAAUUGCGUCGUGAAACCCAUAUACGAGACUGUAAGGGCUGAAGUUGAGAGCAGCAAGAACGGAACAGCACAACAUACUGCUUGGAGGAAUUAUGAUGAUUUGAAUGAGUAUUUUUGGAGUAAGAGAUGUUUUCAGAAACUCAAGUGGCCGAUUGAUGUGGACAGUAAUUUUUUGUUACUUCCAAUAAGAGUAAGCAUUGGGAAAACUGGAUUUGUUGAGCAAAGGUCGUGGAAUCUUUACAGGAGUUUUGAUAGGCUUUGGGUGAUGCUGUUUUUGUUUCUUCAGGCGGCGAUUAUUGUGGCUUGGGAAGAGAGGGAGUAUCCGUGGCAAGCAUUGUCAAUUAGAAAUUGUCGUGUUAAGAUUUUGACACUGUUUAUUACUUGGAGUGCGAUGAGGUUUUUGCAGGCUUUAUUAGAUGCAGGGAUGCAGUAUAGCCGUGUGUCGAGAGAAACAUUGGGUCUCGGCAUUAGGAUGGUGUUAAAGGUGGUGGUUUCUGCCUCAUGGAUCGUGAUUUUUGCGGUUUGUUAUGCAAGGAUCUGGCAGAAUAACCAUGGUAGAAGAUGGACUGCUGAGGCUGAUAGGAGGGUGCGCCUCUUUUUACAGAUAGCCUUUGUUUACGUGUUACCUGAGUUAUUGGCAUUGGCUUUAUUUGUGAUUCCUUGGAUUAGGAACUUCAUUGAGCAGAGGAAUUGGAAGAUCUUUGACCUGUUGUUUUGGUGGUUUCAGAGUAAGAGUUUUGUUGGUCGGGGAUUGAGGGAAGGGCUACUUGAUAAUGUUAAGUAUACCCUGUUCUGGGUACUGGUGUUAGCUACGAAAUUUGCAUUUAGUUAUUUCUUACAGAUCAAACCAAUGGUUAGGCCGUCCAAACUAAUGUUGAAUAUUAGGGUGGAGUAUGAGUGGCACGAGUUUUUUGGUGAAAGUAACAGAUUCGCUGUUGGUUUGUUGUGGCUGCCUGUGGUCUUAAUUUACUUGAUGGAUAUUCAGAUUUGGUAUUCAAUAUAUUCCUCGUUUGUAGGAGCAGGAGUGGGGUUACUCCAGCACUUAGGUGAGAUUAGGAACAUUCAACAGUUGAAGCUGAGGUUUCAGUUCUUUGCUAGUGCAAUUCAGUUCAAUCUGAUGCCUGAAGAGCAGUUAUUGAAUGCCAGAGGAACAUUCAGGAGCAAGUUUAAUGAUGCUAUCCACCGGUUGAAGCUGAGAUAUGGGCUUGGGCGUCCUUUCAAGAAGCUUGAAUCAAACCAGGUUGAGGCUCACAAGUUUGCUCUGAUAUGGAAUGAGAUAAUUACCAUUUUCAGGGAAGAAGAUAUCAUCUCUGAUCGUGAAGUUGAGCUGCUAGAGCUGCCUCCGAAUUCUUGGAAUGUUCGGGUUGUUCGCUGGCCAUGUUUCUUGCUAUGUAACGAGUUGUUGCUCGCUCUCAGCCAGGCAAAAGAGUUGGUUGAUGCUCCUGAUAAGUGGCUUUGGUAUAAAAUAUGCAAGAAUGAGUAUAGACGUUGUGCAGUGAUUGAAGCGUAUGACAGUAUCAAGCACAUGAUGCUUGCAAUUCUCAAUGUCCAGUCUGAAGAGCAUUCAAUCCUCACUUAUUUGUUCCAAGAAAUUGAUCAUUCUGUUGAGAUCGAGAAGUUCACCAAGACAUUCAAAAUCACUGCACUACCCCUGCUUCAUAUGAAGUUGAUAAAGCUUGUUGAUAUUUUGACCAAACCCAAGAAGGAUGUUAAUCAGGUGGUUAAUACUUUGCAGGCCCUCUACGAGAUUGCGGUCCGUGAUUUUUUCAAAGACGGAAGGAACAUUGAACAGCUGAGGGAGGAUGGAUUGGCUCCUCGUGACCCUGCUGCCAUGGCUGGGUUGCUGUUUGAAAAUGCUAUUAAGUUGCCUGAUUCCAAUGACGAUAAGUUCUAUCGGCAAGUUAGGCGUUUGCAUACGAUUCUUACCUCCAGGGAUUCUAUGCAGAGUAUUCCAGUUAAUCUUGAAGCUAGGCGAAGAAUUGCAUUCUUUAGCAAUUCGCUCUUUAUGAAUAUGCCUCAUGCUCCCCAAGUAGAGAAGAUGAUGGCUUUUAGUGUCCUCACUCCUUACUACAAUGAAGAGGUGCUAUAUAGCAGAGAUCAGCUCCGAACUGAGAAUGAAGAUGGGAUUUCAAUCCUUUAUUAUUUGCAGACCAUAUAUGAUGAUGAGUGGAAAAAUUUCAUGGAAAGAAUGCGACGGGAGGGAAUAGUAAAGGAUGAUGAGAUAUGGACAACCAAGAUGAGAGAUCUGAGGUAUUGGGCAUCUUAUAGAGGCCAGACACUUUCACGCACUGUCAGAGGAAUGAUGUACUAUUAUAGAGCUCUGAAGAUGCUGGCUUUCCUUGAUUCUGCAUCAGAGAUGGAUAUUAGAGAAGGGGCACGAGAACUUGGUUCUAUGCGGAGAGAUGGUGGUUUGGAUAGUUUCAACUCUGAGAGUUCUUCUAGGAGUUUAAGCAGAGCAAGUAGUUCUCUGGGUCUGCUAUUCAAGGGCCAUGAGCAAGGCACAUGUUUGAUGAAAUACACAUAUGUGGUCGCUUGCCAGAUUUAUGGGGCUCAGAAGGCCAAAAAGGAUCCGCAUGCUGAGGAAAUCCUGUAUCUGAUGAAACAACAUGAAGCUCUUCGAGUUGCCUAUGUUGAUGAAGUUUCAACCAGGAGGGAUGAGAAGGAGUAUUUCUCUGUUCUUGUGAAGUAUGAUCAGAAAUUAGAGAAGGAAGUGGAGAUCUAUCGGGUCAAAUUGCCUGGUCCACUGAAGCUUGGAGAGGGCAAGCCAGAAAAUCAAAACCAUGCCCUUAUCUUCACCCGUGGUGAUGCUGUUCAAACUAUUGACAUGAACCAAGACAACUAUUUCGAGGAGGCAUUGAAAAUUCGCAAUCUCUUGGAGGAAUACAGGCACAACUAUGGUAUACGAAAGCCAACUAUCUUGGGAGUUAGGGAGCACAUUUUUACUGGUUCUGUUUCAUCACUUGCUUGGUUUAUGUCAGCUCAAGAAACAAGUUUUGUCACUUUGGGACAACGUGUCUUGGCAAAUCCUUUGAAAAUUCGAAUGCAUUAUGGCCAUCCAGAUGUCUUUGACAGGUUUUGGUUUUUGACUCGGGGUGGGAUCAGUAAAGCUUCCAGAGUAAUUAAUAUCAGUGAGGACAUUUUUGCUGGCUUUAAUUGUACUUUGCGAGGAGGCAAUGUCACGCAUCAUGAAUACAUCCAGGUUGGCAAAGGAAGGGAUGUUGGGUUGAAUCAAAUAUCUAUGUUUGAAGCCAAGGUUGCCAGUGGGAAUGGUGAGCAAGUUCUUAGCAGAGAUGUGUAUCGUCUGGGUCAUAGACUGGACUUCUUUAGGAUGUUGUCAUUCUUUUAUACUACAGUGGGAUUCUUUUUCAACACAAUGAUGGUCAUUCUUACUGUAUAUGCUUUUCUGUGGGGCAGACUUUAUCUGGCUCUUAGUGGUGUUGAGAAUUCUGCCCUGGCUAGCAACAGUGACAACAAUAGAGCACUUGGUGCCAUCUUAAAUCAACAGUUUAUCAUCCAACUUGGUCUUUUCACUGCCCUUCCAAUGAUAGUGGAGAAUUCCCUUGAGCAUGGAUUUCUUCAAGCUGUCUGGGAUUUCUCGACAAUGCAGCUUCAGCUUUCAUCUGUUUUCUACACCUUCUCCAUGGGUACCCGUACUCACUACUUUGGCCGGACUGUCCUUCAUGGUGGUGCAAAGUAUCGUGCUACUGGCCGUGGUUUUGUUGUUCAGCACAAGAGUUUUGCCGAAAAUUAUAGACUGUAUGCACGUAGCCAUUUUAUAAAGGCUAUUGAGCUUGGUCUCAUACUCACAGUUUAUGCAUCUCACAGCCCUGUAGCUAAGGCCACAUUUGUUUACAUAGCUUUGACUAUCUCAAGUUGGUUUCUGGUUCUAUCGUGGCUUAUGGCCCCCUUUGUAUUCAAUCCUUCUGGUUUUGAUUGGUUAAAGACUGUUUACGACUUUGAUGAAUUUAUGAACUGGAUUUGGUACCGUGGUGGUGUGUUUUCAAAGGCUGAACAAAGCUGGGAGAAGUGGUGGUAUGAGGAGCAGGAUCAUCUAAGGACAACUGGCCUCUGGGGAAAGUUACUGGAGAUAAUAUUAGACCUCCUUUUUUUUUUCCAGUAUGGUAUUGUAUUCCAAUUGGGUAUUGCAGCUCAUAGUACCAGUAUUGCCGUUUACUUGCUGUCUUGGAUCUAUUUCGUGGCAUUUGGAGUUUAUCUGGUAAUCUCAUAUGCUCGGGACAAAUAUGCUGCUAAGGAACAUAUUUUUCGGAUGGUUCAGUUCCUGGUCGUUAUUCUUGGAAUACUUGUUAUUAUUGCACUGCUUGAAUUUACGGCCCUCAGAUUUGUUGACAUUUUCACCAGUUUAUUGGCUUUUAUUCCGACUGGCUGGGGACUUUUGUCAAUCGCUCAAGUACUUCGACCUUUUCUGGAGUCCACCCGGCUUUGGGAUUCUGUGGUUUCUGUAGCUCGGCUAUAUGAUAUAAUGUUUGGAGUUCUUGUUAUGGUCCCACUGGCAUUUUUGUCUUGGAUGCCUGGGUUUCAGUCAAUGCAGACAAGGAUCUUAUUUAAUGAAGCGUUUAGCAGGGGCCUGCGAAUUUUCCAGAUUGUUACUGGGAAAAAAUCCAGCGACUAGUAUUUUGAGGUUGGUGUUCAUCGCAAGACUAUUCAAACUAGAGUUGAUUUGGUAGAUUCUUGAAUGAGAGAGAUGUGGCGGCCAUGCCGUUAGUUCGAUUCUGAACUUUGUGGGGAAGAAUCUGAUCGCCAUCAUAACGACAUAUAGUGUUCAUAAUGGCCUGCUCCAUCAGAUCUGUUUGCUCUUAUUGUAAUUAGGCAUUUCAUUUUGUUUAUUCCCACGACUUUUGCUGGGGAACUUGGAUUCUACUUUCAAAUUUUCCCAGAUUUCCAGAGGUACGCAUUAUGUAGUGUUUGUUGAUAGCCAGUAUAGCUUUGUACUCUGCUGAGAGAUGGUUCAAUCAAAUAUUUGUUAUUCUUUUGUC